GAUCAGACAUUGGACAUCAUGAUCAAGAAUAUUAACAAUAUUGGAAAGACUCAUGGGAAGAAUCUCUUUUUGCUUUUAUCACCUGUCUUGUACUCCAAAAGCUCUUUUGAAGCUCCAAGCAAUAAUUAUCAUCAGAGAAAAGCAAAAUGAAAAUAUUGCCGAGUCCCUUUACGAGUACUAACGAAACUGAUAAUUGUUCUCUAUACGUCGAACCUUGCAAUCCACAAGCUCAGAGUGCAAGAAGGUAUCAUUAAAAUGAAUCUUGUAUCAGGCUAAGAAUGCAUGCAAGAUAACUGAAUUGAGCGCAAGUGGAAGUAACUGAAAUAAUCUCGACUGACCAGUUUUAGGGGUCCAGUGAAAAUAGCAACUAGAAACUAAGACUCCACCAUCCUCGGUGCUCCUUGGUUAAAUAAUCAUUUGUCAACGAGGUGCAAAGUUCAACAGGAAUUCCACUUCCACCUCAUCUCGGGGAGACAUCCACUACUGGCCGUCCAUGUGAUCGUCAAUCUUGACCACCAGUCUGAGAAAGAUCGUCCUCAGACUCAGAUUUGAAUUUUGGGGUCUCUCAUUCUUCACAUCCCUGGACGAUGGCUUCCUCCGACAUCAUGCUCAUGGUCCUCCAGACCAUCAUGAUGAUCUGGGAUUUCAUCACCUAUCCGAUCUAUCAGAUGCUGCAAAAACCUUGGGAGAAAGUUCGCAUGAUUGAAAAGACCUUUGCCAAACCUGUAAAGACCUCGGAUCAAGAGAUCGUUUACGAGGCUGCGGAAAAGCAGCGUGCCUUGUUCGAUGACAUGCUGAGGGCCAAGUGUGAUACCAUGGACAAGGCCUGGCGAUGGUCUGUGAGCAAGUAUGGCUCUAGGAGUUUGUUGGGGACUCGGGAUAUCUUGGCUGAGGAGGACGAAGUUCAGCCCAAUGGCAAGAUCUUCAAGAAGUUUAUCCUCGGAGACUAUCGUUGGAUCUCUUACGAAGGUGUGGACACAACUGCGGAUCAUUUUGGAAAAGGUUUGAGGGAUCUGGGCAUGACCUUCCAGGAUAAGGUGUGUGUCUUUGCUGACACCAGGAACGAGUGGUUUAUCGCUGCUCAAGCUUGUUUCAAGCAAUCCUUUGCCUUGGUCACUUUGUACACCAAUCUGGGCGAGGAAGCAGUGGAACACGGCGUGAAUCAGACCCAAGUGUCCCAUAUAAUUACCUCCCAUGAUCUUCUACCCAAAUUCCGAAGCAUCCUCAAGAACACCCCCACGGUCACCAAGGUCAUCUAUUUCGAAGAUCAAGUCAAGUCGACCGAUACCACGGGAUUCCCAGACAAUGUGGAAAUCAUUCCAUUUUGGGAUGUCGUUUCCAGGGGCAAAAAGCUGGUCGAUGAUCCCAAAAUGCAGCCUUCCCCACCAUCACCCAACGAUACGGCCAUUGUCAUGUACACUAGUGGAUCCACAGGUGUCCCUAAGGGCGUCGUUUUGUCACAUAAGAACAUGUUCUCCACUUUGAAAUCCGUAAUGUUAUCCAUCGACAUCCAAGCCACCAAAGAAGACACCUUCAUUGCCUUCCUGCCGUUGGCCCAUGUCUUGGAGUUGUUGUGCGAGAGCAUGAUGUGCAUGUUUGGUGUCAAGAUCGGCUAUUCUACCCCCAAUACCCUCAUCGACAAAUCUUCCAUGGUGAAGCGCGGCUCCAUGGGCGAUGCCACCAUCUUACAACCCACGAUCAUGGCAGCAGUGCCACUCAUUCUUGACCGUGUGUACAAGAGCAUCACCGAGGCCGUAGCAAAGAAAGGACCCGGAUUCGACCGCAUUUUCAAGUAUUGCUACGACUACAGAAUGAAAGCCAUCCUCAAAGGCGAAUCGACCCCCAUUUUGGACGCUUUGCUCUUCAGAAAUUUCCGAUCCCUUUUUGGCGGCCGUCUAAAACUUAUUGUAGCUGGUGGAGCGCCUUUGUCUAAGGAGACGCACGAUUUCAUUCGAAAUUGCAUGGGAUGUCCUGUCUUGCAAGGCUACGGUUUAACGGAAACCACGGCUUGUGCAUCCCUCAUGGAAAUGUGCGAAAUGUCCACCGAAGCGGUUGGUCCGCCAAAUCAGGGUGUCCAAAUCAAGCUGAUCAAUUGGGAAGAAGGGAACUACAGGGUGACGGAUCAACCCCGACCACGUGGUGAGAUCGUGAUUGGAGGAAAUACGGUCGCGGAUGGGUAUUAUUUGAUGCCAGAGAAGACAGCCGAAGAUUUCUAUGAAUCCAAUGGGCGAAGAUGGUUUAAAACUGGCGAUGUGGGACAAUUUGAGCGUAAUGGAACACUGAGAAUCAUUGAUCGGAAGAAGGACUUAGUCAAGCUUCAGUUCGGCGAAUAUGUCUCUCUGGGGAAGGUAGAAGCUUGCUUGAAGACUUGUCCUAUUGUCGACAACGUUUGCAUCUACGGAGAGUCUUCAAAAUCGUACACGGUGGCUCUGGUUGUGCCCGAUCAAGGUCAAAUGAAGGUUCUGGCCAAGAAAUUCGGCAAGGACAACUUAUCGCACGAGGAGCUGUGUGAGGAUCACGAUAUCACGGGAGGUGUUUUGCGAGAGCUCGUGAACCAUGGGAAGAAACAUAAGUUGGAAAAGUUUGAGAUCCCCGGGGCCGUGAGUCUUUGCAAAGAGCUUUGGGCGCCAGAAUCGGGAUUGGUCACCGCCGCAUUCAAAUUGAAGAGGAAACCUAUCCAGGAAUUCUACCAAAGAGACCUCGACCGCAUGUAUGGAUCUGCGGGUGGCAAAUAAAUUGGGGUCAUGAUGGGCGUAUGUGCGUUCAAACCAACAUCUGUGUCCGCUUGACAAUCCGGACGCUAUUUAUGACAUGCUCAAAAAACUUUGUUUUAUUGCAAUUAACCUAUCAAUAUAUAAACAGUGAGGUCUCGUCAACCUCUCAUGAUGUUCAAAGUGUGAAUGUGAGAAUGAGGAAAAUACACCAAAUUGUUUUUGUUGCAAUCGCA